GCCAGUGGCUAAGUUCCCUUGAAAAAGCUGUUUUGGACAAUACGUGGGACCAAUUACACUAUACGAGCAAUAAAUUGUGCCAGUUUGUGCAGUUCAGCAGCUACACUUUAAGAAGGAACUUCUCCCACUUACACAUACGACCAUGAACGCACCGCUGUAUUCACUCGCCAUGGCGUCCGCAGCGCCAAGGCAACCCGCUGGCGCCAGUGCACAGGUAAGACAUGUGAAAUAUAUGGGCCGUUUAGAAUAUAUUCUUUGGUGACAUUAUCCCACAGUGGAUAAUUAUUUUAUCGUAGGGACACACAUAAAGGGAAAAUGCGUUUGAGUUUGACAACUGGACAAAGCUGAAAAUGAAGCAUCGCUUGGAUUAGCAUGAACUAAGAACAACUGAAAACAGACCUUCUUCACAGACUUCUGAGUAAAAUUUCCCAGGUCACACAGAGACUCCCGCUAGAUGUGGGCUAUUUGCAGUUUGUAGUCAACCAGGAGAUGGUCCUGUUUAGGUCAUUGUCAGGCCAAGUUGAGAUGCCACAAGAUGUUGUAAAUGCAUUGACAGAGUUGUCAAUACUUGUCAAUGCAGAGGACAGCUCUAAUAUGAGUCUUUGUCAGGUGCCAGUGUUGCAAGCAGAAAUGGGACGGCCAAAAUAUGUUGUGUCUCAUCAGCAACUACAAAGCCUGGUAGAAAUGUCCCUACCAGUGUCAUGCAUUGCAAAACUUCUGGGUGUAUCUGAGAGGACAGUGAAACGGCGCAUGCAUGAAUAUGGCCUUUCCAUAAUGCAGUAUUACAGUACCUUAACUGAUGAACAACUUGACAAUUUGGUGAGGUCGGUGAAGGCCAGAACACCACAUGUAGGGUGCAGAAUGAUGAAAGGAAUCCUGCAGGCCAUGGGUCACCGUGUCCAGUGGAACAGGGUGUCUUCAUCCAUGCAUCGUGUAGACUCCGUUGGUGUACUCUCAAGACUGACAAGGUUGGGGUGUGUUGCAAGAAGGACUUAUUCUGUCCAGGGUCCUCUGCACUUGGUGCAUAUCGACACAAAUCAUAAGCUCAUCAGAUAUGGCCUUGUUAUUUUUGGAGGGAUUGAUGGCUUCUCACGAAAGAUCAUGUACCUAGGUGCUGCGACCAAUAAUAAAGCAUCCACUGCACUUGAUUUCUUCUUUGAGGCAGUGCAGAAGUAUGGCUUUCCAUUAAGAGUAAGAGGUGACCAAGGAUUGGAAAACGUUGGUGUUGCGUGAUGCAUGUUCACCAUUAGAGGCUGUGGAAGGGGGAGUUUCCUGUCAGGAAAGAGUGUACACAACCAAAGGUAUGUUUUCUUUAUUGCCUGUGAAGUGGUCACACACAUCCAGAAGCCUCAACAACAAACAACACAAAACAUGACGCAAAGGUCUGCACACUCUUCCAAACUCUCUGGGCACUUAAUAUUUACCAGAUCCAAAUGUGAAAAAGAUGGUCAAAACAAAGAAACCACAUAAAACACCUAACAUGAAAGGCACAUAACAGGGCAAGUA